CGCUUCAGUCCGUGGACUAUUAUUGAUUUCAGUUCAUACUCUAUCUAAACAUACUUACCUCGCUUGCUAAUUGAAAUUCUCGGUGAGAGAGCCUUGAGGUCGUAAGAUCCGUUACCUCAUCCCUCGCUACUUGCCACCCGCCACCUCAUCGCGACAACGGACACAAAUGGGAUAACCGACAGCCUGAACUUGAAAUUAAGGCGGCAUAUUUCGUGUGUCGCCUAGCUAUCGCUGUCAACCAUGCCUAGAAAGCGUUCAAGAAACACAACACGCCAAACCAAACUGAAUUUUUCACCCGUGCCAGCCUCCUCGCCCGGAGCAGCGCACCUGCCCAUCCAAGACCGCGACCGGGUCACGGCUCAAACAUAUGAUGGAUUUCCAUCCAAGAAACGGAAGGUUGCCUAUGGGCGAACACAGUUUACGAGACCCAUAAUCGACAGUGAGGACGAACCAGAGCCUUCGUUCGGCCUCCCAACGCCAAAGAAGUCCUCCCAGGCCCUCGGCCGAGACAAGUCCUACAAGCGGGAUGCAGAAAGAGGUAUGAGACUCGGGAUGCCAGUUGCCACCCAGCUCCAUGGGAUGUUCGGCACGAGCGAUGAUGAGCAAUUAGUAUCUUCUAGUAGCUCUUCAGAGACAUCCGAAGACGAACCAGCGCCGAUCAAACCCACACCAAAGAAGCGUACGAAAGACAGGCAAUUGAAAGCAGCAAAGAGCACAAGCCUACAGAAAUCAGGAUACGAGGGUGACCGGAAGAGCUCUAGAUUACGGCAAUCGAGCCAUAAGCAGAACCAAAUACCACUGAGGGAACCCGAGUCAGAUCUACAAUCAGCUUCUAAGAGGGCCAGGUCAGUCAAGAACGACAAGACGGCAGCUAACCUUCAACGUUCGAAUGAAACGGACUCGGUAUUGGGCAGGCUAUCCUCUCCGGAAGUCGUCAAUAUGAAGAAUGAAUCUAGUGAUAGCGAGGUCAUGCCUGAUACGACGCCAGCGCGGCGCACCUGUCGACCUACAAUUCGUCGACAACGGGGAAGUUUGUUUGAGGUUCCUGAUGAGGCUGUGGAACAGGAAGAGUCCGAGGAUGACGAUGUGCCGCUCAGUAUGCAUACGAGACGGGGAGCAAGAUACCGAUUAACGCCGGAAGACGAAGAGAGUGAAGACGAGAUCAGAACACCAGGCAGACGUCUAAUCCGAAAGAAAAUCCAGCAUGACGUAUCGGACGGCGACAGCGACGAAGAGGAGCCUACCCCCGCGAGAGGUCAUUCUCAUAGAAAGGAUCAACAACGUGUCCGUAAAGAGCAGGAAGAUUUAGAAGAAGAUCUAGAGUUCUUAAGGUCUUCACCUCCGCCGGAUAAUGGUCGUCUUAGAAAUAGAUCUUCAAGGCCAAUGAAUGCACGGCAAAAAGCCCUUGAGGCCCUCAAGCGCCGUCGAGCUGGUCCACGCUCAGAGCUGUCGCCUUCCGUCCCUUCUGCUAGAAAGGGUGCAUUCGUUCGCUCUGACUUGGAAGACGAUCUUGAGGUUAUAGGGGGGGACGAAGAGGAAGAGGAGAAUGGGGAUGGCGAGGUCGAUGAGGAUGAGGACUUUUCGACGGAUGACGUGCAUCCUUAUAACUGCCGUGUUGAUACAUUGGACAUGUUCCAAGAGAACGUUGAUGAUGCAGACUUCGUCGUUGAUGAAGACGAAAACGGCGAUGACUUCCUCGGUGCACCUGCUGAGCUCAGUGGCAUCCCUCUUGCAUUCACUUCCAUGAACAGCAAGAAGCCCCGCGAACUCUUCAAGUAUGCAAUAGAGUGGAUGGUUCAGAAGAAGAUCAACCCAGGCUUCUCAUCAGACGACGAAAUCUACGAGCUUACGUUUCGUAAACUGAACGACGAAGUAAAUGGGCUGGUAAACUCUAAGUUUUCAUCAUCAGUAUGGACUCCGGAUUUCACGAGAGCACUGAGAUCAAGGCCGGAUAUCACAAUUAACGAGAUCUCCAAGCUAGAGAGGGAUGUCACUUCACCCCAUUGUCAGGCAUGUAAUCGAACGAAGCACCCCGCUAGUUACAACAUCAGCUUCUCCGGGAAACCCUAUAAUAAAGAUACACUAGAGCCUCUUUACGAAGACGACGACGACGACAAGGACUCAACCUCCGACUCUGACGAAGAAGACUCGGACUCGGACUCCAUAUCUCUGGAUUCUGCUGGCAAUAAGAAAGAAUAUAACGCCAAUGGUGAAGUUCUCCCUCCAGCUAGCACCGUAUUCACGCUCGGCUCUACCUGCAAAGCGAAUGCCCAAGUAGCUCAUACUCUGCGCCAUUGGCGAUAUCACCUUUACACUUGGGUGAUUGACUAUCUCGUUACCCAAGGCCACCAAACACCAGAGAAGCUUCUAAAGCGCGAUAAGUGGUCCCAGCGAAAACGCGAGAAGUACGCCAACAAAAUCGUUGAUAGGAUGGAGAAGGACGGCCAAAUCCGCAAGCUGCAUAGCUUGUAUCGGGAUCAGAUCGACUUCGCCCUCGAAACGAAGAAUGACUACAAUAGAGGCUGGGGUCGACGGGGUUGAUAGGGGAAUCAGAGCAGAGGAUAUAGCUGAAGGAAAGGAACUACUCUUCAAUUUGAUUUCUGACAUGGCGCUUAUCCAGGCGGACAUUUUGGGAUACCCUGGCUUGGGUAAUGGGGAGUGGACAUGGGCUUUUCUUUGGAUAGCGUGGGCUGGGAUCGAAGUAUGGAGUUCCUCACUACCUAGCUAGGUAUGGCUUACUCAAGGUUCAUAUUUAAAUAUACCUAUUCUGUUUUGCGAUGGGCAGAU